GGGAGGCAGCUGCAGUGCCGUGAGGGGUGCGUGCGCGUGUGCCAAGCUUGCCCGCCGCCUCCAGGCUCAGUCUGUGCUCUUCGGCGUGUGGGGCACAGGGUCCCAAGGGCCAGGGAGCAGGAGCAGUGCCCCUCGCCUGGCCUUGCCUUCGCAGGGCAUCGGGUCGUCCCCGGGCGGAGCGCACGGGGCGGGGCGCAAGACCCGGGCCGCUCUCCCCGCCCCCUCCCCGCCGCUCGCGCCCAGCCUGGCUCCCUCUCCAUUGAGUUUUCCCAGCGCCAGCGCCCAUCAAUGGUCCUGCUCGGGGAUGCACACGCAGCUCACGGCCGGAGGGGGGUAGCAGCCGCCGCCUCCAGGUGCAGGCUCUGCCCGGCCGCCGCCGCCACCGCCGCCGCUGCCACCAGAGCCCCAGGCGCGCUGAGGUCCCCGCGAUGGGGCUGCUGAGGCUGCCGUUGCUGGCGUGAGAAGGGGCAACAAAGUCGCCCGGCUCUGGGAUCCCCCGCUGCCUGCAUGGAUGUCUUCAGCUUUGUGAAGAUUGCAAAGCUCUCGAGCCACAGGACGAAGUCUUCAGGCUGGCCACCUCCCUCAGGAACCUGGGGCUUGAACCAGGUGCCACCCUAUGGAUGGGAGAUGAUGACAAACCGAGAUGGGCGAGACUACUUCAUCAAUCACAUGACACAAGCAAUUCCAUUUGACGACCCUCGGUUAGAAAGCUGCCAAAUCAUCCCUCCAGCUCCCCGGAAGGUGGAGAUGAGGAGAGACCCUGUGCUGGGUUUUGGUUUUGUGGCAGGGAGUGAAAAACCAGUGGUCGUUCGCUCAGUAACACCAGGUGGCCCCUCAGAAGGCAAACUGAUCCCAGGAGAUCAGAUUGUAAUGAUUAAUGAUGAGCCAGUCAGUGCUGCACCCAGGGAGCGGGUCAUCGACCUGGUCAGAAGCUGCAAAGAAUCAAUACUCCUCACUGUCAUUCAGCCUUACCCUUCUCCCAAAUCAGCAUUUAUUAGUGCUGCAAAAAAGGCAAGAUUAAAGUCCAAUCCUGUCAAAGUGCGAUUCUCUGAGGAGGUAAUCAUCAACGGCCAAGUGUCGGAAACUGUUAAGGACAAUUCACUUCUUUUUAUGCCAAAUGUUUUGAAAGUCUAUCUGGAAAAUGGGCAGACCAAAUCAUUCCGCUUUGACUGCAGCACCUCCAUCAAGGAUGUCAUCUUAACCCUUCAAGAGAAGCUCUCCAUCAAAGGCAUCGAGCACUUCUCCCUCAUGCUGGAGCAGAGGACGGAAGGGGCUGGCACCAAGCUGCUCUUACUUCAUGAACAGGAGACACUUACUCAGGUGACACAGAGGCCCUGUUCCCAUAAGAUGAGGUGUCUUUUCCGAAUUAGCUUUGUCCCAAAGGAUCCAAUUGACCUGUUAAGGAGAGAUCCAGUUGCUUUUGAGUAUCUCUAUGUUCAGAGCUGUAACGAUGUGGUUCAGGAGCGAUUUGGUCCGGAGCUGAAAUACGACAUAGCCCUGCGGCUGGCCGCUUUACAAAUGUACAUCGCAACAGUUACCACCAAGCAGACGCAGAAAAUAUCGCUCAAAUACAUCGAGAAAGAAUGGGGAUUAGAGACUUUUCUUCCCUCUGCUGUGCUGCAAAGCAUGAAAGAGAAGAACAUAAAGAAAGCACUUUCACACCUUGUCAAAGCAAAUCAAAACUUGGUACCACCGGGUAAAAAGCUCUCUGCACUACAAGCCAAGGUUCACUAUCUCAAGUUCCUCAGUGACCUGCGACUGUAUGGGGGCCGUGUGUUCAAGGCAACGUUAGUGCAGGCAGAAAAGCGUUCAGAAGUGACUCUCCUGGUUGGGCCACGGUAUGGCAUAAGCCAUGUCAUAAAUACCAAAACCAAUCUGGUGGCACUUUUAGCUGACUUCAGCCAUGUCAACAGGAUCGAAAUGUUUACUGAAGAGGAGAACUUGGUGAGGGUGGAGCUCCAUGUGCUAGAUGUGAAGCCCAUCACACUCCUGAUGGAAUCCUCAGAUGCCAUGAACCUGGCCUGCUUGACAGCUGGAUACUACAGGCUGCUGGUAGAUUCCAGGAGGUCGAUAUUUAACAUGGCCAACAAGAAAAAUGCAGGGACCCAGGACACAGGAGCUGAAAAUAAAGGAAAGCCUAACCUCCUUGGCCCAGAUUGGAACUGUAUGCCUCAAAUGACCACCUUCAUUGGCGAAGGGGAACAAGAAGCUCAGAUAACAUAUAUAGAUUCAAAACAGAAGACAGUUGAGAUUACAGACAGCACCAUGUGUUCAAAGGACCACCGGCACUUGUAUAUAGACAACACCUAUAAUCCAGAUGAACUUAACCAGCAGUUGACACAGCCUGGUGAUGCUCCCUGUGAGGCAGACUACAGAAGUCUAGCCCAGCGGUCCCUGAUGACCCUCUCAGGACCAGAAACUUUAAAGAAAGCACAGGAAUCUCCGAGAGGAGCUAAAGUGUCCUUUAUUUUUGGAGAUCUUGCCUUGGAUGAUGGUAUGAGUCCCCCAACUCUUGGCUAUGAGAGACUGUUAGAUGAGAGUCCAGAAAUGCUGGAGAAGCAGAAGAAUCUCUACAUCAGCAGUGCCAAUGACAUGAAGAACCUGGAUCUCGCUCCAGACACAGAGAGCAUCCAGUUUGUGGCAAAUUCUGUUUAUGCAAACAUAGGUGAUGUGAAAAAUUUUGAGGCCCCUGAGGGAAUAGAGGAGCCCCUCUUGCAUGACAUCUGUUAUGCAGAAAACACUGAUGAUGCAGAGGACGAGGAUGAGGUAAGCUGUGAGGAGGACCUUGUGGUGGGCGAGAUGAACCAGCCAGCCAUCCUCAAUAUGUCUGGGUCAAGUGAUGACAUCAUUGACCUCACGUCCCUGCCUCCUCCGGAAGGCGAUGACAAUGAGGAUGACUUCCUGUUACGUUCCUUGAACAUGGCCAUUGCUGCACCCCCACCUGGCUUUAGAGACAGUUCUGAUGAGGAGGACACUCAGAGCCAGGCAGUGUCCUUCCGUGAAGACAAGGAGCAAGGCAGCAGCCUGCAAAACGAUGAGAUCCCCGUGUCCCUCAUCGAUGCUGUGCCCACUAGUGCUGAGGGAAAGUGCGAGAAGGGAUUGGAUAACGCUGUCGUUUCCACGCUGGAAGCUCUAGAAGCUCUAUCUGUUUCAGAAGAACAGCAGACCAGUGACAAUUCAGGUGUAGCCAUCUUGCGGGCUUAUAGUCCUGAGUCUUCGUCAGACUCGGGCAAUGAAACUAAUUCUUCUGAAAUGACUGAGAGUUCUGAACUGGCCGCAGCACAAAAGCAGUCAGAGAGCCUCUCCCGCAUGUUCUUGGCCACUCAUGAAGGCUACCACCCCCUCGCAGAAGAGCAGACAGAGUUUCCCACCUCCAAAGCUCCUGCAGGGGCCUUGCCUCCAAAGUCCUCCCACAGCCUGGCUGCUCGCCCAGUGACCGACCUUCCGUCCAAAGUUGUGCCUUCCAAGCAGAUACUUCACUCAGACCACAUGGAGAUGGAGCCUGAAACCAUGGAGACCAAGUCGGUCACUGACUAUUUUAGUAAACUGCACAUGGGGUCGGUGGCAUAUUCAUGCACCAGCAAAAGGAAAAGCAAGCUGGCUGAGGGGGAGGGGAAAGUCCCCACAAGUGGAAACAUGCCAGGAAAAAAACAGCAGGGAACCAAAACGACAGAGAUGGAAGAGGACGCCAAAGGGAAAUUUGGUACUGUGUCUUCGAGGGACAGUCAACACCUCAGCACUUUUAAUCUAGAGAGAACUGCCUUUCGCAAGGACAGCCAAAGAUGGUAUGUGGCCCCUGAAGGUGGGGUCACAGAGAAAGGUGGACUGGAAGCAGCAGCUGGGCAAGCCUUUCCCAGACCUUCUGGUCUUGGGGCAAGGGAGGCCGAAGGGAAAGAGGAAGGGGCUCUUGAUGGAGAAGUGAAUGAUGUUUCAGGACUUGGCCAAGGGGACCGCUUCUUAACAGAUGUGGCCUGUGUGUCUUCAGCCAAAGACUUAGAUAACCCAGAGGAUGCUGACUCACCCACCUGUGACCAUUCCUCCAAGCUUCCAGAGGCGGAAGAGGGUGUGGCCCGCCUUUGUGAUUACCACUUGGCCAAGCGGAUGUCAUCCCUGCAGAGUGAGGGCCAUUUUUCUCUACAGAGCUCUCAAGGCUCUUCAGUGGACACAGGCUGUGGUCCAGGCAGCAGCGGCAGUGCCUGUGCCACUCCUGUGGAGUCGCCCCUCUGCCCCUCCAUGGGAAAGCACUUGAUUCCAGAUGCUUCUGGGAAAGGCGUAAGUUAUAUUCCUUCAGAGGAGAGAGCCACUGGCCUUCCCAACCAUGGAGCCAACUUUAAGGAACUGCACCCACAGGCAGAAGGGAUGUGUCCGCGGAUGACAGUGCCUGCUCUGCACACAGCCAUUAAUGCCGAUCCCUUGUUUGGCACUUUGAGAGAUGGAUGCCAUCGGCUCCCCAAAAUUAAGGAAACCACAGUGUAGCUUUGACAGAGCCUGGGAAGGAGAGACGAGGAGGCAUGCCUUCAGCUUGGUCUCAACAUCCUGAAGUUGAUCCCAUCCUGCUACCAUCAAACAUUCACUCGGAAUCAAAGGUGCCAAUUCCAAAUCAAGACCCUAAUGAUUUCUCCCAAGCAAAUCAGGCAUAUGGAGAGUCUGUGAGCUGGCGGCCACCAGAUCUGAGAGGGGGGAGCCUCAGGACACCCCCCAGCCAGAGGGCUCUCAGGCAUAGCAGCAGUAUCCUCUCAGGAUCCAUAGCAUUGGAGACCUUCCGAGAGAGAACCAAGGGUGCGGUCAGCUUGAAGUAUCCAGGUAUCACAGAAGCACAGGAGGCCGGUUCAGAAAGGCGAGCAGAACUCCCUCUGGGGAAGAAGCUCACCAAGAGUUUUUCCCAAAGCUCAAUGCACUUUAGCCCCGAGGGGAAGUUUCACAAAAGGUCCCCAGUGGUUCACAAAGACUCAAAGCAGUAUAGAACAUUACCCUUGCGGAAGAUGGAGGGUAGCAGUUGGAGAUGCCGAGGACCUUUCAGCUACUGUUUCCUUAACCGAGGGCAGGAUGAAGAUGGUGAUGAAGAAGAAGAGGAGGGAGAGGCCACCCUUCGGGUCUCUUGCCUCUAUCCACCCCAGAUGACUCACGCCAUGCCAGUACCAACCAGUCCAUCCCUGGCUGUUGGGAUUUGGAAGAAAGGAGGGGAGCUAACCAGAGGGUCAGUGCUGAAAGUCUGGUCAGAAGACCUGAAUGGCCCAGAUGACUUGGACUUCAGCAAUCUGGCUUUUGAUGCCCGGAUUGCAAGAAUAAGUGCACUAAAGGAGAGCACAUACACAAUGCCUGAUGGGUUCCUUGCAGCCCAAAAUGAUGCCAAUGAGCUGCUUUGCCUUGUCAGGGCAACUAAGGGGAAGAGAGAGGAGUCACGCCCUGAAACAUAUGACCUUACACUUUCUCAGUACAAGCAACUGUUAUCCAUCGAGUCCAGACAGUUGGGAAGUGCCUGUAGGAAAAUGGCGAUGGCCGAG